AUGAGCGAGAGGAGAGUGAUAGUGGACUUGCCCCCCACUACCAGCUCCAGCAUGCCCCUCCAAAGGCGCAGGGUAUCCCUCAGGGGGACACGAUCACCGUCCUCCCUGGAUAGCCCCUCAGCCUCCAGGGCCGGUGCUGUGGGUAGCCUCGUCCGCGCCCCCAGCGUCCAUGUAGGAACAGCACCCAGCGGACCCAUAGGUGGCCUGGGUGCCCGAGUGACCCGCCGGGCCCUGGGCAUCAGCAGUGUCUUCCUUCAGGGCAUGCGGAGCUCGGGCCUGGCAGCCGUGCCCUCUCCAGGCCUGGAGAGGGACCACACUGCCAUUGAGGACCUAGGGGGCUGCCUGGUGGAGUACAUGGCCAAGGUGCACACCUUGGAGCAAAUCAGUCUGGAGCUCGAAGCGCAACUGCGAGUUCAUCUGGAGAGCAGAGCCAAGCGCUCCGGAGGCUGGGGCGCCCUGCGAGCCUCCUGGGCCAGCAGCUGCCAGCAGGUGGGCGAGGCGGUGCUGGAAAAUGCUCGGCUCAUGCUACAGAUGGAGACUGUCCAGGCCGGCGCAGACGACUUUAAAGAGAGAUAUGAGAAUGAGCAACCAUUUCGGAAGGCAGCCGAGGAGGAGAUCAGCUCUCUGUACAAAGUCAUCGAUGAAGCAAGACUAGCAAAGACAGACCUGGAGAGUCAGAUACAAAGUCUGAAGGAAGAGCUGGGCUUUCUGUCACGGAGCUAUGAAGAGGAUGUGAAGGUGCUCUACAAACAGCUGGCCGGGUCUGAGCUGCAGCAAAUGGACGUUCCCAUGGGCACUGGGCUGGACGACAUCCUAGAGACAAUAAGAAUUCAGUGGGAGAAAGACGUGGAAAAGAAGCGGGUGGAGACUGGAGCCUUGCUCCAAGCUAAGCAAGAGACGGAGGUGGCCCGUGUGUCCCAGACCCAAGAGGAGAAGUUGGCUGCUGCCCUUGGUGUGGAGUUACACAACACGUCAUGCCAAGUUCAAAGCCUCCAGGCUGAGACCGAAUCCCUGAGGGCUCUGAAACGAGGCUUGGAGAACACCUUGCACGAUGCCAAGCACUGGCACGACAUGGAACUGCAGAACCUGGGCGCUGUGGUGGGCAGGCUGGAGGCAGAGCUGGCGGAGAUCCGCGCGGAGGCCGAGCAGCAGCAGCAGGAGCGGGCUCACCUCCUGGCUCGCAAGGGCCAGCUGCAGAAGGACGUGGCAUCCUACCAUGCCCUGCUGGACAGGGAGGAGAGCAGCUAAAAGGGAAGAAUUUCCUCUUUUCGCAAAGAAACUGCAGCCUUCUUCCCCAACCCACCAG